UUAGAGAAGGUGACGGGAUACACAGAUAUAGAGGCAACAACUGUCUGCACAUCUUCCUGCCUGUCAGUGCCAGAUUAGCACGGUAUAAUAACUUUUAUGCUAAACAGCUACACCGGUGAAGGAAUUGCAUUUGAAAGACCAAUUCUUUUGUAUCCAAUUGUAUAAAAGAAGAUCUUUUUUUUUUCUUUAGUCCUGAUUGGAUUUCUAUUUGCAUGCUCUAUAUCUGCGGCUGGAAGGCUGCGGGGUAGAUAUCUGGUGCAGAACCUAUACACACGAACCUGCCAUUUGUUUUGUGCAAUGAAAGCAGUGAGCCCAGUCCGUCCACAGAGUCGGAAAAGCUCGGUACCGGCCGGUGUAUGCGGGGAGCUGGCACUGCAUUGCCUGUCUGAGCACAGCCUUGGUGUAGCUCGCUACAAGAUGGAAGAAGAGGACUCCCUGUGCCUACAAUACGAUAUGAAUGAUUGCUACAGCCGGCUGAAGAGGCUGGUACCCACCAUCCCUCCCAACAAGAAAGUCAGCAAAGUGGAGAUCCUACAGCAUGUUAUUGACUAUAUACUGGACCUCCAGCUGGCCUUGGACACCCACCCUGUGCUGCUCAGACAACAGCCACCUGCCAGGACUCCAUUGACAGAUCUCAAUGCUGAUCCGGCAGCCUCAGUUGUGAACAAACAAGGAGACAGCAUAUUAUGUCGUUAAACUGUGUGUAAGGUGUGCAGCAGGCAAAUCCCGAGCCAGAAGAGCAGAGAGAAAGAGAGAGAAAAAAUAGAGAAUAAGGGAGGGGAAUGAAAAAACAGUCACCAAGACAAGAGGGGAAAAAUCCAAGCCUCACAUCGCAUCCACAAGACCAUAUUCCUUUAAUGUUUGUGCACGCUCAUGCCACUUAACACUGUCUUUUUUUUCUCAUUCAUUUUGCACCACAGAGGUGAAUUUUAUAUUAAUUGUGGACAUUUGAACUGAUGAAGAGGGAGGAUUUGGAUAGUAAAAAUAUAUUAAAAAAAAAAAAUAUGCUGUAAAAUGAAGAACUGAAUUUUGAAGCUUUACUAAUAUACCAGAGCAUUGUAGAUAUUUUUUUUACAUCUAUUGUUUAAAAUAGAUGAUUUUAUCAGUUCAGGGAAUUUUCUGCUCCCUGCAGGAAUGUUACAUAUUGUAUAGAAAAAAGAGUGACAUUUCAUACUGUAUAUAGAGAUGUUCUAUAAGUGUAAGUCAUAAAAGUAUACGCUUUAAUAGACUACUGUAAUUAUGAAGUAUUUUUAAUUAAAUAUUUUGUGUAAAUAUGAA